GCCAUUUUGACUGAGCAACCCUAGUGACAGGAGCUGCGGCAGCAGCGCAGGUUGUCCCGUUUCCCCUCCCCCUUCCCUUCUCCGGGUGACUUCCUGGGUCCCCUACACUCCACAGUCCCGGUCCCGCCAUGUCCCAGAAACAAGAGGAGGAGAACCCUGCGGAGGAGACUGGCGAGGAGAAGCAGGACACACAGGAGAAAGAAGGUAUGCUCCCUGAGAGAGCCGAGGAGGCAAAGCUAAAGGCCAAAUAUCCAAGCCUAGGACAAAAGCCUGGAGGCUCUGACUUCCUCAUGAAGAGACUCCAGAAAGGGCAAAAGUACUUUGACUCAGGAGACUACAACAUGGCCAAAGCCAAGAUGAAGAAUAAGCAGCUGCCAAGUGCAGGACCAGACAAGAACCUGGUGACUGGUGACCACAUCCCCACCCCACAGGAUCUGCCCCAGAGAAAGUCCUCACUCGUCACCAGCAAGCUUGCGGGGUAACCGGGGCCCCCUUCUGCUCCCCUUCCUCACCCACUGGACUUUUGUAUAUCAUAGGCAGGGAUGGAAUGGGCACCUAGUUAUAUCUUCUCAGCUUGCUAGCCAGAAAUGACUGUGAUUCUCCUGGGGGCUGCUGAGAAGUUAAUGUGGGCUGAAGAGAGGCUCUGAGUUCAUUUCUUUGGAUAAAUUGAGAUUUCCACACCCUCAUGUAGCCCAGGUAGGGGCUCAGAAAUAGGAGACUAGGAUCGGAUAAUGCUGCAAACUCUCUUUUUCUUUUGUACAAGAAACUGGGGAGAUGUGACUUCUCCUUUUGGAAGAGAAUAUCCCAAAAUUGGUUAGGCUAGGCCUUGGGAAUAAUAUAACAGGUUUAACAUCCCAAGGCUAACCUGACAUGGUUGGGAAAGGUAGACUGAAUGGGAUCUGUUUUCUGUGCUUUAAGUGUUUUGUCCCUUGGGCUGCUACUGCUUCAUGUUUCCAUUAUGGCAGGUUCAGAGAAGCCUCAAAAAGAAAAACUGAUUUGCUUGCCUAAAACUAUAAUGCCCACUUAACCUCCUUUACUGAGUCUGUCUUUUACACGCCUUGGUUCUUAAACAAUGUAAAGAUUGGAGGAUGUAAUUCACAUAAAAUGGGCACCUUCUCUCUCUCUUCCAGCAUGUUGCUUUUUGAAAGUAUCAUGGGAUAGUGGAAAGAACACUGGGUUAAGAGUCAAGAUAUCUGGGUUCUAGUUCCACUCAGUCUAGGCAGAAUUGACGUGUAACCUUGGUCAAGUCAUUUAACCUCUCUGGAUUUCUAUUUCCUCCUCUGUAAAACAGUUGAAUAUAGAUAAGAUUGAUCCUGAUUCUAAAAUCCUGAAAAAAACUGUGCUGUUCAUUGUAAAGCCAAAAGUGAGGAAGGCCCAUAGGUGAGCCUACAGAGGGGAACUAUUUGAAGACUACAUGGGGAGAGAAGUUGAGGUUUGCAGGUUAUAAAUUCAGGCAAGAGGGCCUUAUAAGUAUCAUGGUCUUGAGGGUCAAGAAAAAAAAUUCUAAGAAGCUAGCCAUGAAAGCUCUUGCCUCUGCCCUCACCUGCUUUCCUACAAUCUGGGCCCUUGCUGCUAAAAAGCUGCUCUGGCAGCCAAGCUGUGGGCCUGAAGAAACAUGCUCAGUCAUGCACAUUUGGAGUCCCAUAUUUCAGAUGUUAUCAGCUGCCAGGUGUAUUGUUAGGGAGACAAGAAGAAAAGGGAUGAACUGAGUGAGCCUCCAGGGCUUAGUGCUACUGCAGGGCUGGAGCAGCAGGUUCUCAGGAGAUGAAUCACCUUGGAGGAAGCUGGGGAAGGUGGUUAGGGAGAAAGAGAAGGAGCACUGAGAAGUCUCUGCCUUCCUAGAGCUCAGUAACCCAGCUCCUGUGCUCUGAGAAUUAGCAAUGCUGAUCGUGAACCAGAUGGAGGAAAGGGGCUGCAGGUGGCCAGCAUCAUCAAUCUAGUUAUCACUGGUUUGGCCUGAAUGUUACUGAAUGCAGCCUGCUAGUUAUCACAGAGAGAGCAGGGUGAGAACUAGCUGUUCAGGAGGGGAAGAUUCUAUAAUCCUCUCUUGCCCUCUCAGCUCACCAGUUAUGAUGUACCACACAUCUGGCCUGAUGAGAACGACUGAUGAACUUGCUAAUGCACAUGUGGGGGGGUUAGGGUGUGUCUCUACUUCUUUCCUGACCAGCCGUUCGCUUUUCAGGCCAUCAUUCAGAUUGGAUAGGAAAAUGUUGGUGAGGAGGGAAUGGAGAGAGCAGGAUCCUGUGAUUCCCUGGCCCCCAAACUCCUUGGCUGUCAUUUGUAAUUGUAUAUAAUUUUUGUGUUUCUUGCUCCAUUUCCUCAUGCUGUCUUCCUUAGUCUAAAGUCCAUGUGGGAAGGGGAAAAUGCUGAACAUCCUUGUAUAGUUUCCUCAACUGUCCCAGACAUGUUGUACAUAGAUAUGUCAUGUUAUUAUAUAUAUAAAUAUAUAUAUAAUUUUGUACGUUUUCUUCA